AUGACCAAAUACAAACCUCUUCAGGAGGAAGAUAGCUCGGAUGGUUGUGAGCAUUUUGAAGCUCAUUACAAAGCCCCCCACAUCCCAAAACAACGUCCGACGCUUGCCUUUCGAGUCAGAUAUACCUUCCCUAUAUUAUUAGCCACAUUCGGCUUCCUCGAUUUGACAUACCGAACAUACACUUUGAUCCAAUCACGCAGGCCAAUAUCGUGUAAUUGUGGAGAGACUGUUGAAGAGGCUAUUGCUAAUAGCUGUAAAUAUGACUCGAUUGCAGCUGCUUGGCUCCCUCCAGCCUGUCGAAACGACGAACUUCUAGCGCAAUUCGAGACGUCAGGCCCGAACCCCGAUGGAAGCUGGAUGUACUAUGCCGAUAAAAAUAAGACACGGACUCUAUCACUUGAAGAAGUGUCCAUGCUCCCAAAGACUGGAUCGCACUUCUUUACCACACAUCAGUGGCAUCUUGUCCAUUGUGCAUACUACUGGAAGAAGAUGUUCUUAGCUGCUGAGAUGGGUACGGUGAUUGAAGCUCGGUAUAAUAAUCUUGCUCAUAUCAACCACUGUGAGAUGAUGUUUCUGAAGCGUGAUGCGUUGGACACGAUUGUGACCGAGGCGGGUGUGUCACUGCAUUCAGAUCGAAUGGUCGUUGCGAAGAAACAUGGUCAUGAAGGGGAUAAGCAAGAAAAGGGCUAUUAG